AUGACGGAGGUAGCCGAUGCGAAGUCUGCCAGCUCAUCCACCAAAAGUCCCGGUACUGCCAGCGAAGUCGUCGGUUCCAACAAAAACUAUGGUGGUGGUGGUGGUGUCGCCGUGGUCGAGAUCUUCUCGAAGCUGAGGAAGGCACGGUUGCUUAUCUGA